AUGGAGGUCCUGUGGGUGGGUCACGGGGGGAUGGGGUUUCAGCAGCCGUUGCUAGAGGGGGCUCCUCUAUCAGCAGCCCCCUCUGCCCAGAGCCUGGGGGUUUGCCUGGAUUCAGUUCUCUCUAUGGAGACCCAGGUUGCCCGCACGGCUCAGCAGAAACCAUAUAAAUGCUUGGAGUGUGGAAAAGAAUUCAAUAAAAGUGCACACCAUACUUCACAUCAGAGAAUUCACAGAGGAGAGAAACCAUACAAAUGCCACUGUGGAAAAAGCUUCAGUCAGAAUGGAAACCUUAUUUCCCAUCGAAGAAUUCAUACAGGGCAGAAACCAUAUAAAUGCCUGGAAUGCGGAAAAGACUUCCGUCAGAGCGUACAUCUAACUUCCCAUCAAAGAAUUCACACUGGGGAGAAACCAUACAAAUGCCUGGAGUGUGGAAAAGCCUUCGGUCAUAGCAAAACUCUUAGUUCACAUCAGAGAAUUCACACAGGGGAGAAACCGUACAAAUGCCUGGAGUGUGGGAGAAACUUCAGUCAGAAAGUAAAUCUUACUUACCAUCAAAGACUUCACACAGGAGAGAAACCAUAUAAAUGCCUGGCAUGUGGAAAAGCCUUCAGUCACAACACAGGUCUUACUUUACAUCAGAGAAUCCACACAGGGGAGAAACCAUACAAAUGCCUGGAAUGUGGAAAAGCCUUCAGUCACAGCACAGGUCUUACUUCACAUCAGAGAAUUCACACCGGGGAGAAACCAUACAAAUGCCUGGAAUGUGGAAAAGCCUUUGGGCACAGCAUAAGUCUUACUUACCAUCAGAGAAUUCACACAGCAGAAAAACCAUAUAAAUGCCUAGAGUGUGGAAAAGCCUUCAGUCAGAGAGCAAAUCUUACUUCCCAUCAAACAAUUCACUUUGGCGAAACUAUACAAAUGCCUGGAGUGUGGAAAAGCCUUCAGUCACAGCACAACUCUUACUUCAUAUCAGAGAAUUCACACAGGGGAGAAACCAUACAGAUGCCUGGUGUGUGGAAAAGUUUUCUAUCACAGCAAAACUCUUAGUUCAUAUGAGAGAAUUCACACAGAGGA